AUGCUGCUGCAGCAGGCGUCAUCGUCUCCAGGUCCUAGCGGCACUGCCAGCCCGAAGUUAACUCCGAGUCCAAGGCCCAACCCUAGUCCCAACUUCAGUGCACGAUUCACAGGCAGCCCUUUAAGCGAUGGAGCCUCAAGUUCUAAUAGCCCAAAAUUGGGAACGUAUAGCCCAAAAUUUGGAGCAAGUCCAAAAUAUGGAAGUCCUAGAAUGGGGGGAAGUCCCAGGUUCGAAGGCAAAGGCGCUUUGGAAGACGAGGUGGCGUUGGAGAGACUUCAGACAGAAUUGAAAGAAGGCUGGACGGUUCACACAGGAAGGGAUGGCAGACUGUAUUAUUGCAAG